CGACAAAUAACAAAAGAAAAGGCAAGCGUCGAGAACAAAACAACAAAACGUACUAAGCAAAAACUGAGAAUCUCACGUAGAAGCAUGUUGCCCGCUACAAUCGGAAAAUGGAAUGUGGAAAAAGCAGAGCGCAUUUUAGUGAAAUGUGGCGGCUUUUCCAGUCAACUAGCGCGCAAUGUGAACGAAAAAGUUGAUGGUGAUCCCUUGUGGGGCUCCCGUUUCGAUUGCACCCAACCCACUGCUGUGGUCAAAACGCAUUUGGAUUUCUUGCGCAACGGCGCUGAUAUAAUACUGACCAACACGUAUCAGUCCAGCGUGGAGGGUUUCAUGAAACAUUUGGGCAAAACACGCGAGGAGAGCAUUGCGCUCAUUGCGAAAAGUGUUCAGCUGGCACACGAUGCCAAAUCGGAAUAUUUGGCUGAAUUGGCUGCAGCAAAUAAUGGCAACAUUGACGCCGAUAUGCCCUGGAUAUUGGCCUCGAUUGGACCGUAUGGCGCCCAUUUGCACGACGGCUCCGAGUAUCAGGGCAGCUAUGCGAAUCGUGUCAACUACGAGCAGCUGCAGCAGUGGCACACAACACGCAUCGAUACCUGUCUGCUGGCUGGCGUGGAUGGUUUAGCUGUGGAAACAUUGCCGUGCCAGUUGGAGGCUCUUGCGGUUACAGAGCUCAUCCUGAAGAGAUCGACAACGGCCAAGUUUUGGGUGUCUUUUCAGUGCAAGGAUGAGCUGCAUUUGGCACAUGGUGAAUCAUUUGCCGGGGCUGCUUUGGCCGUUUGGCGUCUCGUGCAGCAGCAUGAGGCACAAUCCCGUUUGCUGGCCAUCGGCGUUAAUUGUGUGAAUCCCAGUUAUGUAACGCCGCUGAUUGAGUCUCUGCGAGCAACCAUGGCGCAAGAGCAGCUGCCGCCGCUGGUCAUCUACAGCAAUCGCGGUGAGGUGUACGAUGCCGAGCGUGGCGAGUGGACGGGCACCGGUCUCAAUGCGAUUUCCUUUGUGCCCCAGUGGCUGCAACUAGGCGCCCGCAUCAUCGGCGGCUGUUGUCGCGUCUAUCCUGAUGACAUACUCGAGAUACGCAAGUACAUUGAUAGCAUCGCUCAGCAGCCUCAAGCGCAAAUCCAAACAUCCUCAGUUCCGUAAUUUCUUUCCCACACACAGUAUAAAUCAUGCUAAUAUAUAAGUGUUACUAUCUGUACAAAUAUAUAAUAUAAAUAUAUAUAUAUAU